AGAGAAAGAAACAGGAGGGAGGGAGGGAGGUAGAGAGGGAAAGGGAGAGAGACAGAGAGCGAGAGAGAGAAGCAGCCAGGCAGAGAGGGAGCUGGCGGUCUGGUGGCCUUGCAUAACACGCGUUGGAGCAGCCUUGAACGCAGGACUUGGUGUUAGCUCCAGCAGUGGGGAACUUCCUUCACCGUCAGCCCCGUUGCAGGGGCAGCGUUGCCUCCAAACCGGAGAGUCCAGAGAGGAGGGCAGAGCUGGAGCAGCUACAGCACAGGCUCCAGGAGAGGAGAGCAGCACAAAGGAGAGAUUCAGGAAGAGGAGUCCUAGGAAACACGUCUCCAACACACAUACACACAGACACACACACACUGAGAGGCAGGAAGAAUCCUUGGACAUGCUCUGCAAGCAGUGGCUGUGGAGGGACUGAUUCCUGUUGACAUCGUGGAAGAGGUGGAUCGGUCAGAGAUGAUUCCUCAUGAAGUCUAUGGAGCUCAUUUUGUGAGCUGGAGUGACUCCAUCUUCUUUGGUCUGAGACCUUGAGCUGACCACCCGUGAACACAAGAAGAGCCAGAGCCACAGAGCACACUGAGAGGCCGACUGCUGCACAUAACGAGUCCAGGAGAGAGAGAAAGACAGAUCCAGAAGAAGUUAGAAUUAAUACUUGGGAAUAUUAGAACCACGGUGGCACAAUGAAAUCCAACCAGGAGCGGAGUAAUGGAUGCCUGCCACCUAAGAAGCGUGAGAUCCUGGCUCUGGAGCAGAGGCCCGUGGUAGUAGCCACAGCAACACCUCCAGCUGCAGUAGUUACGGACAGUCCCCACACAGAGAACCUAGCAUGGCUGGCAAGUGUUGCCAGCGAGCGCUGCAGAUCCAGGGACGCAGAGAGCCCGAGAUGUCCCAUCUCCUCCACUUCCUCCUCUUCUCCUUCUACUUCUCUCCCUUCCUCUGCCACUCCUCUGUCUGCGGUGCCCCUGGCCUCUUUGCCUGCAGUUUACCCCACAGCCCUUCCCCAGCAGGCCGGGACUAUACAGUUUGCCCAACUGGGACCCAACGUUCAGUUCAUCAGCUCUGGGCCCUAUGCUGGCUACAUCUCCUCUCACAUCAUCUCUGCCAAUGCUGGUUCUGCACCUAACAGCUCGACCAUAGGACAGCGUCCCCAGCUGGAUGGUUACACCACUGCCCUCAUCUCCCCCAACACCAAAGGAGAGCAGCAGUUUCAAAUAGGCCUCUCUCCCACAGAACUGGCUCCUGUGUCACUCCCGAGCUCUCCCCAAGUCACCAGCCAGUACAUUCAUCUCGACAGCAGAACGCCUCUGACUGUCGGCGGAAAUGCCGUCACGUCACCCACAGCCCACCUCCAGCUCCACCCUCACACAGCCGUCCUCCCUCAAACGCUCACCAUCGCUCCCUCCCAACUGGUGGUUCAGUAUGCAGAUGGUUCAGUUGGAAAGAAACCAGAGGGGCAUACUAAGAGUGUAUUGAACGGGGAGUUAGAGGUGGUCAAACAGACUAAAACUCCCAGUCAUCAAGUGAACCAUCAGCAGGUCCAGAGCUAUGAGGCCAGACAUAUCCUCCUGCCUGCAGACUACGGCCAAAACCCUGCAGGACUCCAGACCUCCUUGGUGCUGUUGGCCCAGCCCAAUCACGGAGCUGAACGUGAAACUGGCUCAAAUAAGAUCUCUUUAGUCCAGACUGAGAAAGGAGGCAUUUGUUUGGGGAAACCAGUGUCCAGAUCAUCCUCCUUCACUGCCCUCUCGUCCUCAGAUGUGGUUAAGUCUGUUGCUCCUCAUACAGUCAUUCAAACCACUCUACCCCCUGAGGAGCUGCCAGCCAGUCUUUAUUCCUCCACACAGCCACCAAUCAUCGGCUAUAUCACCAGUGCAAAUCAGCACGCUGUCAGCUACCAUGCGGCACUGCCUCAGCACCUGGUCAUCCCGAGUGGCCAGUCCCUCCUCAUCCCAGUCAGUGGCACUAAUAACGGCACAGAAAUUGAGGUCAGUCGUACUGUCAGCGCUCUGACUGCUACCACUGCCCCUCAAAUAUCCACCGCCAUGCCGCAUGCCUAUCUGGCCACAGCCCUGUCUAAGUGUGAGGCGCUUGGGCCAGAUGGAAAUCAACCACCCCCUGCCAUCGCACAGGCACCAGCGAUGCCAGUCCUGCCCUCUAACCCAGCUCCUGCAGUGGCGGCAGCUCCCUCCCCAACUCCUGCUCCUGUCCCCAGUCCCGCCCCUGUUUCCAUCCAGGCCUCCCACUCCAUCUCCUCUCCCUCUUCCCCUGUGGCACUUCCUCCAUUCUUCAUGCGAGGCUCCAUCAUCCAGCUGGCUGAUGGGGAGCUGAAGCGCGUGGAGGACCUCAAGACGGAGGACUUCAUCCAGAGUGCUGAGAUUAGCAGUGAGCUGAAGAUCGACUCCAGCACUGUUGAGCGUAUCGACAGUGGACAGAGUCCCAAUGCUGUGGUCAUACAGUUUUCUGUGGGAGAGCUCAAAGCUCAGGUGUGUGUGGAGGUGCUGGUGGAGUAUCCCUUCUUUGUGUUUGGCCAGGGCUGGUCGUCCUGCUGCCCAGACAGGACCACCCAGCUGUUUGAGCUGUCUUGCGCCAAGCUGUGCGUGGGCGAUGUAUGCGUGUCGCUGACUCUCCGCGGCUUGAGGACCACAACAGUAACAGACAGCCAGGCUUUGGGGACCAAGCUGAAGAGCGGUCACCUCUCUGACUCCUGUCACAGUGUGGAUGCCACUGUAAGAAACAGUGUGAGUCCAAACACUGCAGGCAGAAACGGUGGCCUCCUCAUGAAGGCAUCCAGUGCGGACAGGUUGGAGAGGGAGCAGGUUACUGGACCGGGACCAGGACUAGAGCUACCACCAGGAUUGGGACUAGCUCCAGGACCAGGGGAGGGGAUCUACGGAACUGGACCAAUGCUGGCAGUCUCUGGGACUGGAGAAGUAAGACAGGAAUCAGUUAAAACAGACAUGCCUGCACUUACCAAAAUACAAUGUGGUGAUCCAGAGAGACCCGCAGUCCGCAAGAGACGCUGGUCAGCUCCAGAGCGAGACCAGACUGAGAGAGCGGAGGAGGAGCCUCCUCUGACUCUGCCCAAACCCUCCUUCAUCCCUCAGGAGGUUAAAAUCAGCAUAGAGGGCCACUCCAGUACCGGGAGUGAAAGGUGCUUGAACAAAAGAAUAGACUGUUGAGAGAACUUUUAAAGGAAUUUUGAUUACCUGUGGUUUGCUUUGUGUUUAUCCCCUCUCUUUCGUCUCUAUCCAGACUACUGUAAUAUAGGCUGAGUUUACACAGUAUUUACAUGUUUUCUUUUUCUUUAACACAAGUCUGAUAUCUACGAUGAAGUACAGUAGAGCACCUUCAUAAGUGGUAUCACAUGCGAGAUCAGUGCAAUCAAUGCUGAAAGCAAAAAUGAAUGCAGCGUGAAUGUUGAGUAUGAGUGGCGGUCAGACACCUGAGAGACACUUGACUGGGGUGUCACAUAUCAUGAGCUGGAUCUCCUUUGUCACAUGGCUCAAACCCGUUGGAUGCAGACCAGUUGACCAUUCCACUUAUCACAUGAACAAGCACAGACCCUGAUGUCAGCUUGUAGAAAGUGGGUAACCAUAUUUUGACUCUCAUUCUGUUUGUUUAUUUGGUGUGCAGUGAGUGGUGUUUGUGAGUGGUUGGAGUCAAAGAGAGACCUUUGGUGUUUCAGUGAUAAUGCUCAAUCAUCAUGGCUGUGAUCUCUGCUGCCUUGUGUUUCCAAUGACUUAUAUUUUGUUACUAUUUUUCAUCUUCAUACCAUUGCAGGUGUGUGCGCCGCCACAGGUGGCGUUGUGCCACUUGUCUUUCUGUGUAUGUGCCUGUGUGCGUUUGUGUUUUUCUGUGUGGCUGUCAGACAGAGCACAGAAUUAAGGUGUGUUUGUGUGGCUGCAGCUGUGAGCUCAGUGGUCAAUAAAACCUGCAAAUAUCAAGACUGAAAAGGCCUGAAUGUAAAUCACUGAAUUAGUUCUCAGUCAAUGUAGAAUUUGACACCAUUGCUUUUGCAAUGUGUGUGUGUGACAGCAUUGGACACGGGUGCACUUCUCUGAUGAAGUUCCUCAGUAAAAUUUACCUUAGUAGUUGGUAAGUUUCAUACUUUCUUUCAAGUACAGCACGUAUCACUUGUUGAUGGUCAUCUUUUUGGGACCGCUAUGUGCAGCAUUUCAAAUCUGUACAAACAGGGGAAGUCGAGAUAUUUCUUAUAUAGCUGCCGAUGAGUUUUUAGCCAAUUUAUUUAUAGACUCAUAUUGCAAUUUAAACCAUAGUUGGCUGACAUAAUACAUUUUUGGCCACUUGGGGGCAGCUCAAUAAACUGUAAAUGCAACACUGAUAUGAUACCACUUUCAGAUUUGAUAUGGCAAAUACAGAAAACAAUUACGCUUAAGUACACAUCCAGCAACACAGAUAAUCAUGUGUUUGGAGUCAUGUGAUGCAGAGCAGUUCAUCUUUCCUUAUUUGCUCUGUUUCAUUCUCGGCCAACUCCUGAGAGAAAUCUCUAGCCCUUAAAGGUGGAGUUAGCAGUUCUGGAGAAAGACUGUUAAAAGUCAAACUCAACGCCCAAACAAAUACACCCCCUCCUGUCAGUUCUCCUUCAGAGGCUCAGUUUUACCGUCCCUCUUGCUCACACUGCCUUUCGUUUUGUACAUCCAUGGCCUUUCCUCUUUGCACAGCAUGAACAAGCUGCUGCUGAUUGGCUGGAAUACUGUUGUGUGCUACUUGCUCAUUUACAGAGCCACGAAUGGGUGUGAAACCAGAUCUUUUUUUUCAGCACAUACACAGAACAGACAGCUAGCAGACCAUGAGGAGAUAGCUGACUCUACCUUUAAGCCGCUAAAUUCUCUGUCAUGAUUACAAGCUAGUUGUUAACAUUGUCUGUUUGCCAUUUGGUGCUGUGCAGGUAGUUCAAACUGGGUUUAUUAGAGUUGACUAGCUGCCAUGCCUGUAAUCACCCCUGAUGAGAGCAGUGAGGAAAUGUUGCAGGCCAUAAAACAAAAAACAAUGAGCUGAGAUGAACAGCAGAGUCUGGUAACGAUGAUCUCCCUUUCAAAUUGCACAUAACAGUCUGACUUAUUGUUAAUAUAAAAUAUCGAUUAAAGCAACUUUAAUGCAAACACACCGUAAGAUUAAAAUGACAUGAUAUUUACUGAUUGGUGGAAAAAUGGUACCUUCCCAUCCUAUUGAUCUGUCCUAUUGCUGUCUUUACAGAAACUAUGGCCUUAGAUGUAUGUACCUAGUUCACAGCAGCACAUGUUUUUUGGGGUUUUACCAUUUAAACUUUUUUUUUCAGUGAUGGUAUGCCUUUCUUAAGUCCAUACCUGUUAUAUCAGAGUAUGGCUGUUUGGAUUAAAACAGCUUUCUUUCUCUUAGAUCACCGUACAUCAUGUCAUUUCAUCCUUAGAGUACAGCCAAAAUAAAAAUCUUACAGUUCAUACUCAGGAACAGUGUGUAUCUGUAUGUGUGUGUGUGUGUGUGUGUGUAGACCUGAGACAGUAUGUGCAUGUCCACAGUCACGUGUGUGUGUGUGUUUUCUGAGCAGCAGCACUUUGAUGAAGCAUCCAGCAGGAGUGUGGUGGUGGUGUCCCUGUUCCUCAGCUGUCAGAUCCAAUGAGAAUAAUCAACUGACUGUUUUUCAUCUGUCUUACAGGUUUUAUCAUUGAGAGAAAACAUUAUAUACCAGGGCAGGGAAUGUAAACACAUCGGGCAAACUAUCUCAACUUUAUUUUUGAUGACUGAUAGAGCUACUAUACAGAGAAUGAAAGAGAAGAGCCAGCUAGAGUUGAUCAUGUACAGUAAAUUGUAUCCUAGAGAGUGUACAGUGUGUGUAUAGAUAUUCUUACCCUUAUGUAGCCUAUGUACUGUAUGUGCCACAGCGCCUCCUUCUUCAAUCAUUCUAUUAGCUCACCAAUAUUAAGUGGUCCUGCUAUCGUUUUUGUCAGUUCAGGUAUUGAUCUAAUGUUCAUGAAUGUGCUACAGUUCUUUUGGGAACGUCCUCAUACAUUUGGCCUCCUCAGAAUCCAAUUUGACUUGCACACUGUAACAUGCAGUAGAUGUGACUAUGAACUGCAAUUGAUCAUAAUAGCCAUUGACCUUUUCUAACUCCUGAAAGGUGUUUAUUGUAAACCCAGACUGUUCUCUUCUGUUUGUGUUUGACUGCUCAGGCUAAACACUGCCCAGUGACUGUUCUUCUCCAAAAAUGAUGUGGUCUUAUAUUCUUCACCGUUACAAAGUAGAGGUACUGUUUCAUCACUUUGUCUUUGUAGCCAUUUCUUUUGUGAGCCUGGCCUGUGUUUGUACUUUUAUUUUUUUGUUAAGAAAUUGUUAGUUUUCAAAUACAGACCAGAAAUGUCAUCAUGACACAGACAAAUCUGUGAAAUGUGGGACUGAAGAUUAGAGGAGCAAUUUCAAAUUUUGGGGAAUACAGUAAUUAGUUUACUUGCUGAGAGUGAGAUGAGAACUUUGGGCGCACUUAAGGUAUGAAAGAUGCUUUAGAAAUAAAGUUGAGCAGAGAAGAUUGAUACCACUCUUACAUUCAUAUGGUAAAUACAAGGCAACCGCCAGUAGCUGGUUAGCUUAGCUUAGGAUAAAGACUUGAAACAGGGGAAAACAGGGGACAUGGACUGUAUGUUAAGACUUUACUCUGUCCUAAGGUAUAACUUCCACCUAGUGGCACAUGUAAAGCUCACUAACAAAUAUGUCACACCUUGUUCUAACAUAUUAACAGUUAGUGAACUUUAAAAGUGUCCAGAUAUACUAUGAGUGGCAACAACAUUCGGGGAGCCUUUCGAGCCCUGAGCAAGGCUAAGCAAUGGCUUGCUAUUGUUCUGAAAAUAGGUUGGAGGUGUGUGAAGCUUAGCUAGAUAGAGCCAGGGCAAGCAGUUGCUGAUGCAUGGAGCAUGUUAGGAUGUCUUCUUUGGGAAAGACUGAAACAAUCUGCUGUUUGCUCACUUGCUCAUUAGUUAGGAGAUGUAAGGGUAUGGUCACACAAGUCCAAAAUUAACAUUGAUGAAUAUUCACUUUCUGUUCACUUCCAUUCAAUGCACGCAAAGGGGCGAAUAAAACAUUCUCUGGUGUGAAAGCAAAUUUGCAUCUUUGCAUCACGUUAGUAUAGACAUUGGUGAACUUUGACUAGUAAAGUUGCUGCCUCAACCAAUAGUAAAGAAGUAUGUGUGUAGGAGACUCUGUUGAUGUGUCCAACUUGUCAAUAUUGUAUGAUAACUACCCCUCAUAAGAGAUGCAGGCACGGAACAUAAGAAAUAAUAUGCAUAAUGCACAGCUAACGUCAUAUUUGAUUGUAUUAAUUAGCAAGCUAGAUUUCCGUGUGCGUCCCAACUGGCACUGUCCACAUUCAGGCAGGUGAUGGUCACUCACUUGCAUUUGCUAAUAUGUGACGGUGCCCUUACACAGUAGUAAAAAUGGCCCACAUGGUUUUAUGGAGAGGUAAUGUGCUAGACUAUUUCUUGACUGGGUGCAGGAACUUCCCUCAAGUCUUGUUGUCAUUGUGAAUUCGUCAGGCAACAAGACAAGUGGAGACUCCAGGAAAUAGUCCAGCACAUUCCACCCUGUAAAAUCACAAAGUACCAUUAUUACAUUUCAGUUUUUCAAUUAAUUAAACAAAGAAGAUACGAGCUAGCAUAUAGCCAGGCUAGCUCACUCCCCCUGUUUCCAGUGUUUGUGCUAAACUAAGCUAACUGGCUACUGGUGGUAGCUUACAAACACAACAGUGGUGUCAAUCUUCUCAUCUACCUUUUAGCAAGACGGCAAAUAACUGUAUUUCCUCAAAAUGUUUGAAUGUUCCUUUAAAUGCCCUGCACACCCACAAGGUUGUUCUGGCUGAUUUGACCUCAUUUCAGGUGGAGUCACUAAACUCAGUGCAUAGGAACAAAGCAGGAAGUUGAUAGGCCCGAAUAGGUGCAACAAGGAGAUUCCAAUAAAGUGCAGUCUGUCCUGAGAGGGGUCUAAUCAGCACACAACUCCUGUGAAGGUGGAUCACAGGUGUGUCGGGGCUUUAAGUUCAAAGGUUCAGUGAUAAUUAUACACCCCUUUCGCUCACAAAUAAGCUCAAGAUGGGCCCCUUAAAAUUUGUAAUUUUCAGAGCCUUUCUAAAUAAUGUUGAAUAUGGUGUAACAGCACCGCUUUGUGGUGAUCUAUGGAAUUGCACUUUGUUAUACGGGGUGGGGGGUGUUUUAGUCAAACUAAUACACAGAGGUAAUGUACAGCAUGUGAGAGAGAGAGACUGUACGCUAACAGUGCAGCAUCUCAGUGAUUUGUAAAUAGCCAAAGUCUUCCAUUAUAAUGUUGGUAUGACCUUGUU